AUGGCCCACGCAAAAGCCCAGGACGAGCUUCAAAAGCGGUACGAAGAAGGGCCCCAGUCUCUUGAAGAUCCCGAGGUGGAGUACAUGAUCAGCCAAGCGGAUGAGAUGAUGGGAAAAUCAGAACGAAUGCUGAUCGCACAAGCAGGGCUACAACCUUUGACCACAACGAGCUUCAGUCUUCUUGGCCAUGGGUGUGGCACAGGUCUGAUCGCAUCUUGUCUACAAGAAGUGAUUCAGCCGUCGCGCGCGGGGAGAGACCAAUGGAUCAACGUUGACGCUGCAGUCCUGGAUGCUCAAGACUCAGGUCUUCCCAAGCACUCGUUCAGUCAUGUAACCAUGAAUUUCGCCAUGCAUAUCAUCCCUGACCCAGUAGCAGUCUUGCGCGAUAUACUUCGUAUUCUUCAACCCGGUGGCCUCGUGGCAUUCAGUGUGCCCCUUGCCAGUAACGGUCAUGAUGGCGGAUGGGUACCAGAUCUUCGAUCAGCACUCGAAUCUCUCCCCUUCCAGACGUCGUUUCCAGACCUGAUGCCAGUUGCUCUUCACGGUAAGUCGGAAUGGGUAGAACCUGAAGGUAUUGAAGCGGAGCUGGUCCGUCACGGCUUCGUUGAUGUCAAGGUCGAAACUGUUGAUCUCAUCCGUCCUGUUGCCAAUGCUGAGAGCUUUUUAGCCUCAUUUGGAAUGAUGGUUAAGUGGAUAAUCAACAAGUAUUGGACUGUGGAGCAAAAGGAGCAGUAUGAAGAUGAUUUCAAUAAGGUCCUGGUCGAACAUCUCCAGAUUAAGCAUGGUGGAAAUGGCUGGGACCUCAAAUCAACAGCAAUACUUGUUACGGCUCGUACGCCGCAGUAG